AUGGAUGGUACGAUCAUCGUUACCGGCGCCAACGGUGGCCUAGGCUCCGCCAUCGUCUCUCAGAUUGUGCAGUUGCCUGAAUACUCGGCGCUUCACGGGAUCUAUACUGUUCGCGAUACAGGCACGUCUGCAGGCCUGAAAGCAAUGCUCGACCGCGACGGUCGACAUGAAGAGCAGAAUCAGCACCAAAUCCUAGGGCUGGAUCUGUCCCGGCUCUCCGACGUUCGACGUUUCGCCGCCGAAGUGAACGCGCUGGUUGCUGAGGGGAGGCUGCCACCCAUACGAGCUCUGGCGCUCAACGCUGGGUUUCUAGAACAGGCCGCGCAAACGAUGAGCGACGACGGUCUAGACAUGAGUUUCCAGGUAAACUACUUGGCUCAUUUCCUGCUGACGGUCCUCUUGCUGCAGAGUAUGGACCGGAGGAAGGGUCGAAUCCUGGUGACAGGAAGCUGGCUGCACGAUCCGGAUGACGCAAGGUUUGAUGGCGCAGCCAUUUUCCCAGAACAGUAUCGCCCAAUCCUGAAAGAAGGGGUACGGCCGCUUGCCCAGGGCAGCUGGGGCGGAACGGAUGGCUGGGCCGGGCGUCGCCGCUAUGGAGCUUCCAAACUCUGCGAAGCAAUCAUGGUAAUGGAGCUCCAGCGUCGUCUCGACCGUGACCCCAUCCUUAGGGACAUUAGCGUUAUGGGCCUCGAUCCUGGCGGCAUGCCGUCUGGUAUCAUGCGGCGCACAUCGUUCCUCGAGAGCACAGUCAUCAAUUACCUUGCAGGAAAUGCACUGGCGCCCAUCAUGACCUGGCUGUGGCCGAACGGUCAACUUCGGACCACGGCCAAGUCCGCGUCUGAUGCUUUGCGGGCGCUCUUUGAGGACAACGCUUGGGGAAACCACCCCAAGGCAGUGUAUCUGAACGGAUCUGAAGUCUCAGAUGUGAGCGUCGAGGCAAAGGACCUGAAGACUGGGACAGCGCUGUGGCGAGAGAGCGUAGCUCUUGCGCGCAUCGUUGCUAGCGACACGAAGCUGGUCGAGUGGAGCUGA